AUGAACUACUUGGUAACGUACCGUCCCCUCGUACGUAAUGGUCGGGGCAAAGUUGCGAUCGCGCGAUAUGGUCUUGCUCCCUACGUGGACGAUUCGUGCCGACGGGAGCCAGACUUUGAAGCGGUGUUUCCAUCGAUUACCGGCAUAUGUCGGGGCGCCAAAUUCGCCCCCCGCCUGUCGGUUUCGGAUACUGUGGUGUACCUGACCGUCAAGGGCAAGUACCCUGACUAUCGUGUUGGUCAUUGGCGUCUGACGGCGGUCCUGCAGGUGGUGAACAGGUUCGAGUCCCACGGGGAUGCGGCUGCUUGGUAUAGAGAGCGGGGGUUGGAGGUGCCCCGCAACUGCAUGGUGCCGGGAAAUCCACCCCUUCCGAUGGAUCAAACCGCGAACCCCCACAAUUACUCCAAUGUCAGGAUUUGGGACGCGGUGUACCGGAGGCGGGUCAGCAAACACAGCGUAUUCCUCGCGUGUGAAUCUCUGUUCCGGGAGUUGCAUGACCCACCGGUAGUAACCAGCGAGAUGCUGAUGGAGUGGUUCGGCCGCAUCCCGGGCACCCAGACCCCGCCACUCAUUAGCGAUCAGCAAUACCGGUGCUUGGCCGCGCUAGCGGGAAUCGAGUAGUACUUGCCAUCCGACCCUGUUGGUCCGGGUGGCAGUA